UUUUGAGAGUUGAUUCUUUAAGAACACCAAGCUGUAAUACAGACUUCAUCUUUUUGCUACUUACGCAGCAGAGACAAAAUACCUGAGGGCUUCCUCUUGCACUGUUGUGUUCUAUAUCUGUACAUCUUAAUUUGUGACAAAGUAGAAACGGGAUUUGGUUUUUUUUUUUUUCAGUUGCACUGAAUGUACCAAGAGCGAACAGUUUAGGUAUAUGAAUAAAUUUCCACAUUCCCUAGACUAUCAGAACAUAAUGUUUUGAUGUUCAGGUUUUAUAAUCUGUUGUCACUGCUUUAUGCUGGGUACAAGCAUGAGCUUUACUUGAAAUUCUGAUCACCUUUAUUUCUUCUUCCAGGAGUUGUACUGAGCCAGUGAGUGGAACAUCAAAAGCAACUGCCAAUCUGGCUGAAGCCAAUGCUUCUGAAGAAGAUAAAAUAAAAGCUAUGAUGAUACAGUCCAGCCGUGAAUAUGAUCCAAUCAAUUACAUGAAGAAACCCUUGGGUCCACCUCCAUCAUCAUAUAAUUGCCAUCGUUGCGGAAAACCUGGCCACUAUAUAAAGAACUGCCCAACAAAUGGGGACGAAAGUUUUGGGUCUCUUCCCACAAUGAAAAAGAGCACAGGAAUUCCAAGGAGUUUCUUGGUGGAGGUGAAAGAUCCCAAUACGAAGGGUGUUAUGCUGACAAAAACUGGAAAAUAUGCAGUACCAUGUCUUAAUGUGGAAGCUUAUACUAGAAGAAAGAAGGAAAAGCCUCCCUUUUUACCAGAGGAGCCAUCGUCUUCCUCCUCAGAUGAUCCUAUUCCAGAUGAGAUUUUAUGUCUCAUUUGUAAGGAGAUAAUGACUGAUGCAGCUAUUAUUCCCUGCUGUGGAAACAGUUAUUGUGAUGAAUGUAUUAGAACAGCCUUACUGGAAUCUGAGGAACAUAGAUGCCCAAAGUGUCAUCAGACAGGUGUUUCGCCUGAUGCUUUAGUGGCCAACAAGUGCCUACGCCGGGCUGUGAGCAACUUCAAAAAUGGAGCUGGUUACAGAAAAAGGCACCAUCAGCAGGUUUGGCACCAACGGCAGCAGCAGCUGCCACUGCUACCACCACUACUCGUGACUCUUACAUCUCCUGCUGCUCUGGUGUCUGCUGCUGAACAUUCUACAUAUUCGUCUCUGUCAAUCAGCAGUUUGUUGGAAGAGAAAGGCUGUCAGAUUCCUGUACUAAGACAACCAGCAUUACCAAGUCGUCUGGGCCCCCAAGGACAAUCAACACUCACCACUGAAGGUCAUCCAGCGAGAGCCAGUACAAUUUGCUCAGCAGGUGGCAGACCAGGCUGGGAACUAGGUCCAAAUCGAGGACGCCUGCACAGUGAAUGUACCCAAAAGACUCAGGCCCCAGCACUACCAGAAUCAACACCAGUCUUUGUGCCUGUGCCUCCAGCUCCCUUGUAUCCUCCAGCACGCCAUGCACUUCCUCUUCCACUGGGGGUACCACCACCACCGUUUCCUCCUCAGUCUCCACCUGGUCAGCCUCCAUCUGCUGGGUGCACUGCCCCCCCUCCAGGAUAUCCCCCAGCUCCUGCAAACACGUCAUCAGCUUGGGUUCCAAGAGCAGUACCCAUGUCUCAUUCAAUUAGCAUCCCAAGGACACAAGCAUCUCCUUUCUCUAGGGAGAAGUUUUACAGAGACCAACGGAGUCUUAAAGAGGAGGCAAAGAAAAAGUCCAAACUUGAUGAGUUUGCCAGUGAUUUUGCUAAGGAAUUGAUGGAAUGUAAAAAGAUUCCAAAGGAGCGUAGGCAUUCAUUUUCCAGGUGCAAGCCUCCUUAUAGUACUUCAUCUUACUCUAGAAGUUUCUAUACCUACUCCAAGUCAAGAUCAGAUUCUGCCCCCUCUCGCUCCCACUCUCGAUCAUUUUGUCGUUCCCAUUUGCAUUCCUACUCACGAUCGCGGCUGUAUCCAAGAAGAGGCAAAGGGAAGAGUCGUAACUAUCAUUCUAGGUCAAGGUCACCUGGUAAUAGAGCUGGAAAUUACCCUGAAAAAUCUUCUGGAAGAGCGAGCCAUGUCAUCAAAGAUCCUACAAAAUCAAAAGAGAAGGAAGUGGAAUAUCCACAGGGAGAUGGCAAAGGAAAUAAACAUAAAAAACACCAGAAGAGAAGAAAAGGAGAUGAGAAUGAAGGAUUUCCUUCAUUUCGUGAAAAAUCUCCUCGAAUGGAACCUCCUGCAAAAAAAGUGAAGGAGGAGUUGCCAAAGACAGGCAGUGUUGAAACAUCUUCCUCUCAAGAGGGUGAGAAGGUUCUUGGUACCCCACAGAAAGUUCACCCAAAAGUGACAAAAGAUCACCCAGAAACCAGACCAGCCAAGGAGGAAAAGGCAAAGAAAGACCUCAAUGAAAAUGACAGUGAGAGUACUGUAUCUCCAAAAGAUGAGGAAGCCGCAGGAAAAAAUCCAAAAGACCCAAAAGAGAAGUCUGUUGAUAAGGUGAAAGAGGAUACAGCAGCACCUGCUGCAGUUGACCAGCCUGAAGCAAGCAGAAGUCAAAGCCAUCACAGUGUUAGCUGUAGUCAAAGCCCUUCUGAGAGUCAGCCUCGAAGCCACAGCAGCAGUGCCAGCUCAGGAGAGAGUCAAGACAGCAAGAAAAAGAAAAAGAAAAAAGAGAAGAAGCAGCACAAGAAGCAUAAGAAGCACAAGAAGCAUAAGAAACACAUUGGAAGCGAAAUGGAAUUGGAAAAGAGCCAAAAACACAAACACAAGAAGGAAAAAUCGAAGGAGAGCAAAGAUAAAGAUAAGCAAAACAUGAAAUCUGUCACUACAUAGAAUGAUGGAUAUUAAAAAAAUUACUUAAUUCCUAAGUCGUCUGUAUUAAAUUUUGUUAAAAUGUAAAUGAAUUCAAGCGUUGCAAAUAGUGACAUGGAAGACCCUGUGCUGCACUUAAAAUAUUGCUGCUUGGUUAUUUGUUUUUUACAUCAGAGCUUUAUAAAAGUGAACAUUUUGUACAGAAUUGUGAGUUGUGGCCAUGUAUCAUGAAAGGUUUUGCUGGGGCAUGUUAUUUUUAACCAUUGUUAAUUAGUUUGAGUGGAGUAUACUGCA